AUGACUUGGCGACAAGCGUCGCGGUUAUUGCAGCAGUGGCUCAUCAUAAAGCUCAAAACCAACCUUUGCACCGUGGUUCUCGUCCCGGUCGUCGUCCAAACCAACCUCGAGAAAGGGAGGACAGAGGCAAAGGUAUGCUUCAAGACUAUUUUGUUGAACGUCCUAUUUUUUAGUGACGAGGAAUUCCGAGUUCGAUAUAGGAUGAGUCACAAGGUGUUCAACCGCAUACGUGAUGGCCUUUGCAACUAUGAUCGAUAUUUUAUCCAAAAGUCAGAUGCUAUUAAGAAAGUCAGUCUACUUCCUGAGCAGAAGAUGACGUCUUCUUUGCGGAUGCUUGCGUACGGUGCUGCGGCAGAUCAAUGUGCUGAGUAUUGGCGGAUGGCAAAGUUCACCUCUAUUGAGUGCCUCCAACGAUUUACAAGAGGAAUCGUUGCUCUUUACUCAGCAAAGUACCUUCGAGCUCCUACUCUGGCCGAUCUUAAAAGACUUCUUGCUAAAGGUGAAAGACGAGGCUUUCCAAGGAUGAUUGGGAGCAUCGACUGCAUGCGCUGGCAAUAG